AUGCCACGAAGUUUACCAUUAUUGGCAAGUUCGGAAGUUGCCAAACACAACACCAAAAAUGACUGUUGGGUUACAUUAUACCAGAGAAAAAUCUACAAUGUUACUGGGUUUCUUGAUGAGCAUCCAGCCGGUGCCGACAUCAUCUUGCCCUUUGCCGGUAAGGAUAUCACGGAAAUCAUGGCAGACACCACUAGCCACGAACACUCUGAAAGCGCCUAUGAAAUGCUUGACGACGAAAUGCUUAUCGGCUACAUGGCAACUGAAAUUGAAGAGCGCGAGUUGAUUGAGAAUAGGAACAGAACCCCUGUAGAGAUGAAGUUGAAUGAGUCGGAUGAUUUUGACAUGUAUGAGUUCCAUGACCAUUUACCCCCAGCAGAGAAGUUAUCUAUUCAAACCGAUUUUGAGGAAGAUGCCAAAAAGCACAAGUUUUUGGACUUGAACAAACCAUUGCUCAUGCAAUUACUUAGAAGUAACUAUUCAAAGGAGUUUUAUUUGGACCAGGUGCAUAGACCUAGACAUUACGGUAAAGGUUCUGCGCCAUUGUUUGGGAACUUUUUGGAGCCACUCUCAUUGACUCCGUGGUGGGUCGUGCCACUUGUUUGGCUUCCACCCAAUAUGUAUUUAUUCUACAUUGGUUUGACCAAUCAACAUCCAUUAAUUGCAUUGAGUUUAUGGGCCAUGGGAUUGUUUGUGUGGACAAUUGUUGAGUAUGGUUUGCACAGAUUUGUUUUCCACUUGGAUGGAUACUUGCCCGACCAUCCUGUGUUUUUGACUUUACACUUUCUUCUACAUGGUGUCCAUCAUUAUUUGCCCAUGGAUGGAUACAGAUUGGUUUUGCCACCUACAUUAUUUAUCAUCUUGGCAUACCCAUUCUACAGAUUGGUUUUCUCCAUCUUUCCAUUCUACAUGGCAUGCUCGGGAUUUGCCGGUGGUACCUUGGGCUAUAUCAUGUAUGACGUUACUCACUAUGUUUUGCACCACACCCAUUUGCCCAAAUACCUUCAAGACUUGAAGACGUACCAUUUGGAGCACCACUACAAAAACUACGAAAUGGGUUUUGGUGUCACAUCAAGGUUCUGGGAUGUGAUUUUCAACACUGAGAUUGAGAGCACAUACGAAAAGAGAAACUAG